AAUGAAUUGACACAAAAUGGCGGACGUAGAAACGGUUUCAAAGCAACAAGCAGAAGAUCUGCUGGACGAUGAAGCUCUUGCUGAGGAGAAACUUUUCGAGGAGCUUGAAAAUGAGGAAGUCCCCGCCCACAUAAGGGAGGCAAGAAUGCUGGAACUGAAAGAUCAGCUUCAGCAACUCAACGAUCACAAGUUGAAGGGAUAUGGCACUUACAGUGAAAUAACCAAAGAGAAGGAUCUCCUAGAUUUGACUGUACGGGAAAAGAAUGUCAUUGUUCACUUCUUUAAAUCUGACUUCAAAUUAUGCACGCUUGUGGAUUCACAUCUUGAGGUUCUAGCACAGAAAUACUUUGGAACCAAAUUUGCAAAAGUCAGUGUAGACGUGGCCAAAUUCUGUGUGGGCAAAUUUGGGAUUAAAGUCCUUCCUGCAAUUCUUGUGUUCAUAGAUGCCAUGUACAAGGACAGGAUAAUUGGUUUCGAUGAAUUAGGAAACGAUGAGAAUUUCACCACAGAGAUGCUGGAAAGAAGACUAGCAAAAAGUGGAGUGAUCCAGCUACCAGAUGUCCAGCCACAGGAGAACAAGACAAUACUAGGCUAUGACCGACGGAAACCUGAUGAAGAAAGUGACGAUGAUGAUUACUGAAAUCCCUCCAGUCUUCAGACUGUGACGGAUUUUGAGAUCACAGCAAGUCACACUACUGGCUAUAGUCUCACCAUUCUGUGAAGGCAAAGAUGUGUGAAGGAGACUGCAAGUUAGAAGUCGAUCUGGAGAGCUGUGGUCACAAACGAGAUCUUAAGACCACAAUCUUGCUCCUUGAUCUCAGCUUCACGAUUGCUACGACAUAACUUCCCCAUUCUUGUCGUCCUUUCUCCAGUGCCAAACUCUGCAAAUCUUUGUGUGUAUAGUGUAACCUUCAAAGCCAAAAGUCUUAGUUUAAAUCUUGAAUCUGACUAAAAACACCUGUGAAAUAUGUGCAUAGCAGCUUCCUGAAAGUGUACUUUAUUUGGCUGGUUGACAGAAUGGCUACUUUGUGAACUGUUUUGUCAUGUUGAUCUCUGUAAGCUCUGCUACCUUCUCCAAAACAAUUUGUAACUAAACUGCAAAAAAGCGAGGCAUUUAAACCCUCAAAUAGCACAAGUGCAGAAACCACCAAUUACUAUUUAAUGGAGCACAUUUAAAACCGAAAAGUACUUAUAUUGAAUUUAAAAAUUAACCACACACAUUCCCCUCUAAACCUCAUUCAUUCAAGUAUACUAACCCCCAAAUGCCAUUUUAUCCAGGAAUAAACUAAUUACAUAAAUGUAUUUUUUCUUUCAAAACAGGAUAUUACGUAACCACAUUUCAUAAAAUUGCACCAGUCUUUAAGUAAAACAAGGAAUGUCAUGAAUUUCAAUGAAUGUUUGUAUAGCAGAUCAAUUCUGGUCAUUUUUGCUUGGUGGAGGAACUUUUUGAAAUGCAUGUACAUGUAUAGGUAUUUUUUUUAGAAUGCAGAAUUUUAUACUUUUCUCACAAUCUUCGUCGGAAAUACAGUAUCUGCUCCAAGCGGAACAAAAGAGGUUGUGUUUUUUUGGGUACUCACCGCAUAGGUGCACCAUAAGGCACGCAAGUAUAUGCGCGUCUGACACGGAGCACGCUGAGUACGCGUAACUAAUUUAUUGCCGCAUGUAUGGUCUCUGUACAUGAGGAAUGCUUGCAAGAACCCGCUUGUAACCACUUGUCUGUCUUUCGCCAAUUGAUGGCGCACUUGAGCUUGCGGCGGACGGAAUUAUGUCUUCAAAGCCUUUAUGAAAAGGACAUCUAUUCUGCCCCAUAACAGCUCACAUGUUGUGAUCCUUCUGUAAUUUAAAACAAAAAGUGCUGUUGUAUCUUCUUUUUUAUUUUGCAUCUGAUGUAAAUAAAUGUUACGUCAAAUA